CAACCGCCCACUCAGUGACCAUAGCGCCACCUUCCUUGAAUACUGUAGAGCGGGUCUUUCACAAUAGUUCCCGGACACCGCCUCAGCGGCGCUUGUUUCUGCAAUGGGUAGCGCCAGCGCAAGGGACGACGGCCAUCAAGGCAUCAAGUGCCAUUUCGUAGAACACGUAACGUCUGUUCCCAGCGUGAACUUCCUGUGCUUCGCGACCGCGGAGUGCUACAGCGCGCUGAAGAAGCGCUCUGCCCUGGCUGCGAUCGCUCUGGACACCGUCGAGAAAUGUGCCUCGCACACGUACGCCCGUCUCGGGCGGCCCGUCGUGGAACAGCUCUCCGGGCCACUUCAGGUCGCCGACGGCCUCGCCUGCAAGGUCCUGCAGAAGCUCGAGAACAAUUAUCCGGUGAUUAGCAAAAUGCCGCACGAGAUCGUCGGAGAUACCCGCGACUUUGGAACACGCAAGUACACCGAUGGACGCGACUACGUGAGGGAAAAGGUCGACGUCUGCCGGGACCUGUCCGAACGUGUCCUCAAGGCUGCGUACCAGCCAGCAGAAACUGCCGCCUCCUUCGUGCGAUGCACUCGGGCCAUCGUUUGGCAGGAACUGGCCGCUGCUGAAUCGGCGUGCGACGCGUACAUCAAAAACAUAGAUGAAGACUGCACGACGGAGGCCCAUCCCCGCAACUGUACCCUGCCCCGCAUUUUUCACCUGCUCUGGAAGACCUCCGUCUGCGUAUCUCAGUACGCAAUAGCCGAGCACCAAAGGGUCAAUGACCUCAUCGGAAAGGUCUUCGCUACAGCCGCCAGCGUGCUGGAAGAGCCCGCCGAGCCUGUUCACAAGCCAACGACUGCGGGUGAGCAUGGCAGCGCUGCAUUCCGUCACGUGGUCAAGCUCUCUACCCAGCUUUGGCGGGUGUACGUCGAUGCUUUCGUGCUCCUCUACCGGACGGCGUGGACCUCGCUCUCGGCGCUGUUAUGCGGCACAGAACCGAUUAACCCCGAGCUGCUUUAUGAUGGAAGCCCUGCCCGUGGUCCAGAGGAUUCGAAAGAUGGAAGCCCUGCCCGUGGUCCAGAGGAUUCGAAAGAUGGAAGCCCUGCCCGUGGUCCAGAGGAUUCGAAAGAUGGAAGCCCUGCCCGUGGUCCAGAGGACUCGAAAGAUGGAAGCGAUGCCAAUGGUCCAGAGGAUUCGAGAGGUAGAAGCCCUGCCCGUGGUCCAGAGGAUUCGAAAGAUGGAAGCCCUGCCCGUGGUCCAGAGGAUUCGAAAGAUGGAAGCCCUGCCCGUGGUCCAGAGGGUUCGAAAGAUGGAGGCCCGGCCCGUGGUCCAGAGGAUUCGAAAGAUGGAGGCCCUGUCCACAGCGGUAAUCCAGAGAAUUUGAAAGAUGGAGGCCCUGUCCACAGCGGUAAUCCAGAGAAUUUGAAAGAUGGAAGCCCUGCCCGUGGUCGAGAGGAUUUGAAAGAUGGAAGCCCUGCCCGUGGUCGAGAGGAUUUGAAAGAUGGAAGCCCUGCCCGUGGUCGAGAGGAUUUGAAAGAUGGAAGCCCGGCCCGUGGUCGAGAGGAUUUGAAAGAUGGAAGCCCUGCCCGUGGUCGAGAGGAUUUGAAAGAUGGAAGCCCUGCCCGUGGUCGAGAGGAUUUGAAAGAUGGCAGCCCUGCCAGUGGUCGAGAGGAUUUGAAAGAUGGCAGCCCUGCCAGUGGUCGAGAGGAUUCGAAAGAUGGCAGCCCUGCCAGUGGUCGAGAGGAUUCGAAAGAUGGCAGCCCUGCCAGUGGUCGAGAGGAUUCGAAAGAUGGCAGCCCUGCCAGUGGUCGAGAGGAUUCGAAAGAUGGAAGCCCUGCCAGUGGUCGAGAGGAUUCGAAAGAUGGAAGCCCUGCCAGUGGUCGAGAGGAUUCGAAAGAUGGAAGCCCUGCCAGUGGUCGAGAGGAUUCGAAAGAUGGAAGCCCUGCCCCUAGCGGUGAUCCUGAGAAUUUCAAAGACGGAAGCCCUGCCCCUAGCGGUGAUCCUGAGGAUUUGAAAGACGCAAGCCGUGCCCCUAGCGGUGAACCUGAGGAUCUGAAUGAGGAAAGCCUUCCACAUGGCGGUGCUCCAGACGAUUCAAAAGCUAGAUGCCCUGUCCAUGGUGGUCCUCCAGAGGUUCUGAAUGACGAAAGCGUUGCACAUGGCAGUAGUUCUGACGAUUCCAUAUAUGGAAGCCUCAGCCGUGGCGAAAGUCCAGAGGAUCUGAAUGAUGAAACCCUUGCACGUGGCAGUAGUCCAGACGAUUCCAAAGAUGGAAGCCCAGUCCCUAGCGGCGGUCCUGAUGAUUCGAAUGGCGAAAGCCCUGCCGAUAGGGGCGAUCACCACGAUUCCAAAGAAGGAAGCUCUGCACGGGACAGUGAUGCAUACCAUUCGUCAUAAGUAGCCUUUCCUUAUGUAUGCUUCUGCAGCAAAUAAAGCGCUUUCUUUUAAUACAACA